CUCCUCAGGUCAGUCCUGAGUUGAAACACUAAGCUCAGGUUCUUCAGAGCCUGCUAGUAAUAUGAGCCAUGGACUCCUGGGCAGUUGAUAGUCCUGUGACCCUGGUCCUCAAGGCCCCCAACCAGAAGUAUGAAGACCAGACCAUAAACUGCUUCCUCAACUGGACCGUGGAGAGGCUGAAGACUCACAUCUCCAACGUGUACCCCAGCAAGCCGCUGUCCAAAGACCAGCGGCUGGUUUACUCAGGAAGACUCCUGCAAGACCACCUGCAGCUCAAAGACGUGCUCAGAAAGCAGGAUGAAUACCACAUGAUGCACCUGGUGUGUGCCUCUCACACCCCCCCGGCCUCGCCCUCCCCCCGCAGCCCCUCCACGGCCAACUCUUCUGCUCCUGACUCCAGCAGUUCAGACGGUGCCAGCUCUGCCUCCGCUGCCAGUUCCUCCUCUUCCUCUUCCGUCCCAGGAAGUUAUGAUGGCCUGAGGUAUCGCGGCGGCGGCUUCCCCCAGUCCAACCCUCAGAGCCCCGCUGGAGUCCCUCAGUGGCCUGACGGAGCGCAGGUCCCGUUGCAGGGCGACCUCCCCGCCAACAUGCCCCCCCACCCCAUGUACAUGCCCAUGCAGAUGCUGUGGUGGCAGCAGAUGUACGCACGCCACUACUACAUGCAGUAUCAAGCAGCAGUAGCCGCCUCCCAGCCUCCCAGCGAGCCCCCUCCCUCCCCCCCCUCCUCCUCACCCCAUCAGCCAGCCCAGCCUAAUGAAGCCGUGCAGCCCAACCCCCCGCUGGGACCCAACCCGGCCCCCAACCCGCUGCCCGAGAACCAGCCGGCCAACCCCAACAUCCAGAUGAACGCGCAGGGCGGCGCGGUGAUGAACGACGACGAGCUGAACCGUGAUUGGCUGGACUGGCUUUACACGGUGUCACGCGCCGGAGUGCUGCUCAGCAUCGUCUACUUCUACUCCUCCUUCAGCCGCUUCGCCAUGGUGGUGGGGGCCAUGCUGCUCGUAUACCUGCAUCAGGCCGGUUGGUUUCCCUUCAGGCCGGAUCAGCAGAACGUCGGAGGAGGAGGAGGAGGAGCAGCUGCGCCUCGAGAGGAAGCAGAGAGACACCAAGACAUACAGGAAAUGGAGCGUCUGAUGGACGAGGGUCUGGAGGAGGAGGACAGCGUGGAGGAGGGGGGGGGAGUCGCAGAGGACCAGGCUGCUGCUGCCCCCCCCGAGCCUCCCUUCCUCUCCACCGCCUGGUCCUUCAUCAGCACCUUCUUCACCUCGCUCAUCCCCGACGGACGACCCCAACCCGCCAACUAGGCAGACCCGCCCUCUGCCUCCCUCCUUCUGAAAGCAGGCACCUCUCUACAGAAGUAUCUCCAGAAAUGCCCCCAAAAUACCCCCCCAAAACCCUCAGAUACACUUUUAUCAGAGACUGUCGGAUACCAUGCUCCGACAUGCUGCCAACUAAUGGACCGAUGUGUAAGAUAAAGCUCCUCUGAAAUGUGAGAGCAGUGUGUAAAGAAUAAAGGAAUAUAUAGAAAGUGAAUCUCACGUUGUGUUGGUGGAGUAAGUGCUGCAGCAGUGAAAGUGUUUUUCUUUCAUUGAGAUGUCGUGAUGAAGGUGAGAAAAAGGAGCUGUCUUCCAUUUUAAGAUUCAUGCUUCGGAAACUUUUGAAAAAGGGUUGUGACACCCCCACCCCACAAAAAAAGAAACCUCCCCUCCAUUUCAGGGAGAUUCAUGAGAACAUAACAUCCCUGCUGACUAUGUGCGUAACGACAUUGCAGCUGCUGAAGCACAUUGUUUUCCAACUGUGUGUAUUUGAACAUUAUUUACACAUGUAAGUAUAUGCAUCUUUAACUCCUCAAUAUAUGCUUUUUUUGAAUAAAAAUGUUGCUGCGGUUAC